AUGAGCUAUCUUGAAACUGACGUUAUUCAAGAAAAUUUUGAUGAUUUCGGUCUUAAGAAUGCAUUAACUAAUGAAAUGUUUUUUCAAGAAUUCAGUUCAUUCGUUAAUGAAUCAACUGUCUCAUUUCAUCAAUUCCCGCUGCUAUACGACUUCGUUAAAAAUAAAAUUUGGUACAUUAUUGUUCAUCAGCAGCAAAUCGAAGGCCUAUUCAAUAAGUGGAACUUAAAAACCCACCCGAACAUGACCAAUUCUACCCAACAAGCUAAAAUGCGUCUUUCUGUAGCAAAAGUAGACGAAAUUCAAGUAACUGGUGAACAAUUGAGAAUAUUCGAAAAGAAAACAGAAUAG